AUGGCAACAGCCACUUCGCGGCGAGGAAUCGCUGGUCUUCCCAUACAGAAGGCAGCGUUCACUGCUUACCGCACAAAUGUUGUCCCGCAGUCAUGUCGUUCCAAAACGGCAGUACUGAAGCAGGAUCAGCGACGUGGUCAUAACACACAGGUCACUGCGCACAACGGCCUCGCCUCUGAGCCGACACCAGUCACCGCUCAUAAUGGCCUCACCCCCGAACCCGAGUCGGCCCCAUUGUCGCCCGCCAGCAACGUUCGUCGUAGCAUCCACUCGUCGCGGCACCGAGCCUCCGCCGGCUGCGCUGACUUCACGGACGGGCCCACGGAACAUCCACGUGCGCCUUUGUCGCUACUGCCUCUCACCAUGAUCCUUCGCUCACUCGCUACUGCUUCGGUCUCGUCUUCACCAGCGUUGCUCGCUCCCUCGUUGCGUAUUAUGAAUGCGAUAGCGCACUCGAGCAACCCCAUUCUGAACCCUGAUCGCAAUCGUCUGUUGCACUUCGCACUCAAGAAGACACUCUACGAUCAGUUCUGCGCCGGAGAGAACGCCGUCGAAGUGAACCGAACCAUCGACGGCAUCAAGGGCCUUGGCUUCACUGGGGUCAUGCUGUGCUAUGCGCGGGAGGUCGGCUUGUCAGGAGAGCAGGCCAGGGGCAAGGUCAGCGACGAGACCCCCGAGCUGAUCCAAAAUGAAAUCGCACCGUGGGCCGAGGGCACGCUCGAGACCGUUCGCCUGGCACAGCCUGGCGACUUCGUCUCAAUGAAGUUUACCGGUGCCGGUAGACUGGCCUUGCACCAGCUGUCUAACCGCCUUCCCUGCUCGCCCUACCUGGGUGAUUCCAUCGACGCAAUCUGCAAGCUCGCCUCGGAACGUGGUGUUCGCGUGGCGAUCGACGCCGAGCAAGAUGCUUUGCAAGACGGUAUCGACGACUGGAUCCUUCGAUUCGCUCGCAAGUACAACCGGAACCCCGCCAACCCAACGGUGUUUGGUACCUACCAAGCAUACAAGAAGUGUGCACCCCAGCUGAUUUUGAACCAUCUUGCCGAUGCGAAGAAGAACGGCUACACCCUAGGCGUGAAGAUGGUACGCGGCGCAUACCUCAACUCCGACCCCCGCGAGCGCUUCCAUGACACUGUGGAGGAUACCCACGCUUGCUUCGAUGGCAUGACCGCCAGUCUGUUGACCCGUUCCUGGAACUCGACAGUCCCGGGCGAGGGCGAUUUCCCCGACGUGAGCAUGAUCAUUGCCUCGCACAAUACGGAGUCUGUUAGGCGCGCUCGUGCCAUUUGCGAAGCUGGAAAGGCCAAAUCCCCCGUCGCAUUCGCCCAAUUGCAAGGCAUGGCUGAUGAGGUCAGCUGCGAGCUUGUGGAGGCUGGCUUGCAACGUCAAAAGACUUCUGGGCCGGUCAAGACUUCUCCUCGUGCUGCCACUUCCACACUACCUACAUUCAAGUACCUUGUCUGGGGCUCAACUGGCGAGUGCAUGAAGUACCUCUCCCGCCGCGCACAAGAGAACAAGGAAGCCGUCGGCCGCACGCGCACCAGCCGCGAUGCCAUGUGGGCUGAGCUGAUCCGACGCUGCAAAGCUGCGUUCGGUAUAGCGGCUUAA